CUAUCUCUAUGAAAAAUUAUACCUUACAAACAGUAACCCUUAUAGUCACGCCUUCUAAAUUCAUUUUUAACAAUUUUUAAUCAGUGUAUAGUCGAACUCCGCGCAGGACGGUCGCGUUCGCGUCACGAAUCACGAUGAGUUUCGCAAACAAAGUUGUUAUUGUGACGGGCGGCAGCUCCGGCAUCGGAGCCGCCACCGCCGUCAGCUUUAGCAAGGAGCAAGCCAGCGUCGUCAUCGUCGGCAGGAACGAGGCCAAGCUCACGGCCGUCGCCGACCAAUGCCCCGGCUCGCUCGUUAUCAAAGCCGACGUGUCAAACGAGGACGACGCCAAGCGCAUCAUCGAGAACACGCUAGAAAAGUUCGGCAAAAUAGACAUCCUAAUCAACAACGCCGGGAUCGCCAAAUUCGGCGCCAUCUUGGGCGGCAAAGUGAUGGACACGUACGAUGAGGUGAUGAACACUAAUUUGCGCGCAGCUGUUCUGUUGACGACACUGGCGGCGCCGCAUUUAGUCGAGACGAAAGGGAACGUUGUAAAUAUAUCGGCCAUUGGCGGUACGUACGCGCCUACUCCGCCGUUCUUAGCUUAUUGUAUGUCUAAGGCGGGUUUGAAUCAUUUUACGAAAGGCGCUGCGUUGGAGCUGGCCUCGUCAGGUGUUCGGGUGAACGCUAUCAGUCCUGGGCCGGUGAGGACUGACAUCAUCGCGAACGCAGGCUUCCCUAUCUCCUGGGACCACUUCGCGGCGCAGACGGCGCUGGGCCGUGUGUCGGAGCCGGAUGAGGUGGCCGAGCUGGUGCUGUACUUGGCCAGCGACAAGGCCAAGGGCAUCACGGGAGCCAACUACGUCACUGAUAACGGCAUGAUGUUGAGCAAAAUGUGAUCUAACAUUUAAUUUUGUUGAGUUUGUACCUAUUUGUUUUACCUCAUGUUGUAAAUUGAGCAUGAUUGAGCACGGUGCAGUUGAUUGUUAUUAUGCAUACCUAUUUGAUUUGUUAUAAAUAAAAGAUGUCAAUUGAUCUAGCAUUUAUUGUGUGCGAGUAUGUUUUUGUCGUGCGUUUAAUCUUAUGAUUUAUUUAUACAUUGAUGUGUCAACGUUUGAAAAUAAAAAGCUUUCAGAGAAUAUUUAAUUUUAAUUUAAUUAAGUACCUAACAUCACUUUUAGAUCCAUUUUAUUAUCAGGUAAACAAAUAAAUAUUUGUUGAUCCAUAACGAGUUUAGUUGAUGGCAUGCCGUUACAUUUUGUCUGUCAAUAACAUAAAAAAAAACAAUAAUAAAUACAAAAGUAUGCAAACAAAAACUUCGUCGAGAUGCAAACCGCUAUGCAAAUGCAUCCUACAAAUGCCUUUAUCAGUUGACAAAGGUCAGUCUAUUUAUAAACACAAAUUACGUAAUCUGUCUUCUCAAUCAUUUAAAUACUUGGUAGUCAAGUUUUGUGUAUUACUUUAUUUUAUAGUAUCAGAAAACAAGUAUAAAAUCAAAAUAAACAAACUAUUUACACGAUUUUCACCCCAUUACUUACAUUCAAAUACUCUUCAGCAUCUAUUGUGCCCUUUACCUACUCGUAACGGCAUAAAUCUAAAUAAAGGAAGCUUGCAAUUUUUCCACUUCGAGAAAAUCGGCUGUUACCGAGAAGAAU